GCAAACUCUCACUGCUACUACUUUCGUCUGAAUGUGUGUUUUCUAAUCACAUUAACUGUAUGUUCUCCCCGUCAUGGUCAUGGCUCCCUCAGAUUUUAAAACUCUGGUAAAGAGAUUCUACGUUCUUCAAGCCGAACGCGUGGAAGCAUACAAGCUGUUUGAAGAGGGGCAUGAAGCAUAUUUGAGGACUGGUCCCCACUACGACUUUCAGCACUACCGACAGCUGGUGCAUGAGAUAACGCAGGCCUUCUGCGGCAUCUCCAAAGAAGUGCUGGAGAUUAAAGAGCGGCUGCACCAAGAUUUUGACCGCCCUGAUCUCUCGGAGCAUAUCGAGAAGCUGCAAACCAAAGAGAAACAAAAACUGGAACUGACAGCGCAGCUGCAGCUGGCCAAACAGAAAGCCCAGGAUCACCCAGAUGACCAGGACUGCCAGAGCAAGGUUCAGGAGAUUAAACAUGCCAUCAUUAAGAAUAGGGAGGCUCUGAGUGAAAUACUGGAGGACUUUAAGUAUGACAUGGAGGAGUCAGAGUGAAGUUUACUCCCCAGGGACUCGAGCUCUGAGAGAGAUGGAUGGACCACUCAGCUCUGCCUUUCCCCCUUUUUCAAAAAAAAAAAAACUGCCUAAGUUAUUGAUUUUUUUUCUUUCUUGCUUUUUUUCUCUGGCUCUCUGCAUUUGUGUACUGUGUACACGACAGUGGAUGUCUCACACCCCUAUCUCACACUUUCUGCUCAGAAACCGUUUUUCAUCGGAGCGCGAAUUUGGAGGACUGCUUCUAGGCUUUGCAUACAGAAAACAUCUUUUGGCAUCUUUAUAUUCACCAAAAGUACAUUUUUUGUGUGUGUGUGUGUGUUU